AUGACACUAGUCCUGUCCCUUCUAUUAACCAUACUGUGCACCGUCGGAAUUAUAUUCAACGUCUAUAUCGUUUUGAUUAUACUGCUAACCAGACAGGUCAGUAGUGCCAACAACAUUCUUCUGCUUCACCUGGGAGUGUUAAAUAUUCCAUUCGGUAUAUUAUUUCUGGUUUUUUGCAUCCCUGGUAUAAAAGAAACACAAUGGGCAAUUGCAGGAGCACCUUGUACAACAACUGGUUUCCUAUUCACUCUAGUACAUCCUUUACUUCUUUGGACUAUAUGUGGUCUCAACUGCGAUCGUUACUAUGCCAUCGCCACACCACUCCACUAUACCAAUAUCAUCAGCACACAGAGAGUUAUUUCUGGACUAGCUAUCGGCUGGGUUAACUCCUUCCUAUUCACCAUUCCACCACUGUUCAACGUCUCCCCCUAUCGGUACAUGAAAGGACUAGGGGUCUGCAUUCCCGACUUUAACGACGGAAGAAGUGCAUUCUGGUAUGCGGUCGCAUACACAUGCUUUACCUUACUGCUACCAGCCACGGUAUUAAUAUGCUGUAACGCAAAGAUCCUGAUCAUAGCCCGUUACCAUCGUCACCGCAUCGCCUCCGCCAUCUACGAGGUCACCCUCUCCGCUCAGGUGACCAUCACCCACCAGCGCAACCCGUUCUUCGUACCAACAGUGACAGCACCAUCUGCUGGAGGUCCCAAAUUCCGGGGUCCCAACGCUGUGUUCUCCGUGUUUCAGCUAGUGGGCUCCUUCUUGGUCAUGCACGUGCCCUACUACGUGCUGGUCAUAUCGGACGCCAUGCUGCACGUGUCGGAGGAAGACGGAUCUACGAGGAUGGAGGGGAUUAAUUUGGCUUAUGCCGCGGCGGAGACUUUGUUGAUUUGUUCGCCGGCUAUCAACGGUUACCUUUACGGCCUAAAGAACAAGAGCCUAAGAAAAGCCUUCAUGAACUACUGGAGAAAAAAGCAGACGAAGAACGAAGUGAACCACGAGAUACAGGCACGAACCCCUAGCACGUGCGGUUCACGUAGACCCAGCCUUACCCCGUUCGGUCUGUUCGCCAAGAACGCCACUGUGUCGAGGAGGAUGUCUGAGACCUUGAUAGACGUCAACAGAUCACUGAAGAAUGGCAACAGGAGCAGGAUCAAGAGAAUCACCUCAGAUUUGAUGUGGAGACCGUCAUCAGCCACCAACCUGAAUCUUUCGCCAAAAGAAGAAACCCCACCCAAGCCAAUCAAACAGACGAUAAGCUGCAACACUUUACGAGUUCCAGAAGAAGGAGCAACAUCUGUUACAGUGCUAGAGGAAGAUAUUCGGAUAGCUUUCGAAAUGGAAGGGAAAGCUGAUUCUCCCAGUAAGCCGUACAGCCCUGGAGUGUUUCUGAAAACGUUCUUCAAAUUCGAUCAAGAGAAAGUGACUAAAAAGGCCAAAGAACCGUCGGAAACUAGCCCCAAAAGGUUAGAAGGAAUAUAUAGAUGUAAUGAAUGUUUUUGUAGUGAUAAACAAGGCUCCGAUUUCAGAUCACCGAGAAUUUUAAUCACGCGAGCAUAUUCCGAGGAGAGCGAAAAAAAUUCACAAGGCAACUCACCCAGUAAAGACAUAAACCGGAAACAUUCCAAUUCGGCAUCGAAUCUUGUAGAGAAGAAAUGGAGGACAAUAAAAUAUGAGGCUGCUCAUUUAUAUUUGUCAGUUUUUUUGGUUAUCUUGGUGGAAGCAAUUCAAGUUGCCUGUAAUCUGAGACUUGUUUAA